AUGAUGAAGACUUUAACCUUCCUUGCUCUUCUAUGCGUUGCAGUGGCCCGAAGAGGGGCCAGUAUCAAAGAUCUACUGGAUACAACCUACACUGAUGGAGCUGGAAAGAACGUGACCCUUGCUGAUUUGUCCGGUAAAUACAUCGGACUAUACUUCUCUGCUUCCUGGUGUGGAGGAUGUCAAGAGUACACUCCCAAGCUAGUUAAGCUGUACAACAGACUUUACGAGGACAAGAACUGGGAGGUAAUCUGGGUGACGCAUGAUCACAACGAGCCUGAUGCUGACAAGUACUUCAAGGAGAUGCCCUGGAUACGACUACCAUGGGAUCAGAUUGAUACCAUUGGAGCUAAAAUGUACAAAUUGACAGAGAGAAAUUAUAUUCCUGCUUUGACGAUGAUAAGCCCAGAUUUCAAGGUCCUGAACCCUGAAGCAUCUGGAGAUACGGAGGAUUUUCCAGACAGUUUCCCCUGGAGUUAUCCAGCCGAGCUACUCUUGGACUAA